UGCGGCGCUGUUCGGGUCGCCCCGUGCAUGAUAGACGAGUUCCACGCCGGAGGACUCUCGCGAAAGCGCCGAGUCAGCACGUUCAUAUUUUUAAGCCGCGGAAGAAAAGUAACGCGAGAAACGCGUGAGAGCACGUACGCCACGCGCGUUAUUCACGAAUCCCGACGACGUCGCGGUGGCGCGUCGAGGACGUGCCCACGAGGAACGUACAGGUGCUACAUCUGCUUUGUCCGUGCGACCGCGUGCGCACACGUAAGUACGCCACGCGCGCGCGUCUCAGGGAAGACAGGGACCGCGUGAGGUGCUCAGAGAUCGUCGAUUCCCGAAGGAUAUUGCUGACGGCUUAUCCCGAAAGAGGAUAAUCGCAAAAGAGCGACUGGAUUUUCGGGUAUGGAGAAGGGCAUGUGAGGACGCGCAUAGGUUAGUUUGCCCGUCGCGUGAAUCCACGCCUCGUCAAUUAUUCCGUAAUCGUGGUCCCAAGGGAGCAAAAGGGGAUCGCUCGAGCUCCCGCAAGCUCAGGGUCUCGUCGGCAGUGGGACGACGGUGAGGUCCAGGUCCGUGAGUCGAGCCCACGACCUCGUGCACAGUUCGCGGACCUCGUGUUUUUGCCCCCCCCGACAGCGCCGCAAGAUGGCGGCCAAGCUGGCCAGCCAAGGUGGCGCUCGGAGCGGCAGCGGCGGCGAGCGGCAGGAGGCGGGGCCCUGCCAGUCCUACGCCAGUGUACUAAAUCCGAAAGCCGCUCAGAGUCGUGCGAGUUCGUUCGAGAGCAACAAUAAAGAGAACAUUGGGGAUCAAGUGACAGUGUUGCAGCAGCAACAGCAACACUCGCAGCAACAGCAGCAUCAGCACCAACAACAAACGACGACAAAUGUGAAAGAGAGAAUAGCGUCAAACGUGAAGAGUAGCAAACCCUACCAAAGGAUUUCUCGGUGUUUCCAAACGAAUCCGGGUGACUGUCCGGAGAAACGUGAUCGCCACGAAGGCCCGAACAUGCCAGUGGCGCAUGUCGACGUCAUUCACAAAGCAACUAUUACUACUACUACUACUAUUACCGCUGUUACUACUACUACUAUCACCACCGUCACUACUGCUGCUGCUGCGACGAUAGCGGCGGCGCCUGGCGCGUCACGUGAAGAAGAUAGUCCGCGUGGCGCUGAACGGCUAAACAACGGCGGCAUCGGCAACGAUGGCGAGUUUCAAACGGUUGCCACGAAAGGCGCCCGUCGUAAGGAGAAAAUGCGCGAACAGUAUCGCGAGAAUCAUCGUGAACGUCACCGGUUACGCGAGCAUAAUAACCGCCAUCAGCAGCCACCACGUGGUGCCAAUGGCGUCGGUGGUGGAGGCGCCGGUAGACGCGGCAGCGACGAGAGGACACACAGAGAGCGCACCGACCGCAAUGGCGUCCUCGAACAUGGCCCGAAGGAAGUCCAUCAUGGACAUAAGGAUGAUCAGAGUAUCGAGGCGGAGGCGCAAUCGGCAUUCCUACAACCUUCGCAGCCGGUCAAAUAUGUCGAGGCGCCCCUGCCUGUGGUGAAUCCCUGGACAAAGAAUCGAACGUUGACGUCGACGUUGACACCGGCGCCGGUGUCACAGGUCGCGGUAACAUCUUUGCAGCAGCAGCAGCAGCAGCAACAACAACAACAACAACAACAACAACAUCAACAACAACAACAGUCGUCUGACAUCCUCACAGUAUCAUCCACAUGCGCCGACAGAGCGCAGAGCGAGAAGGAGAGAAGAGUGCUGCAGCCGCAACAGCACCAGCACGCGACUGAAAAUGGUGUCGAGAGCGGUGCCCAGCCUACAAUUGUCAGGGCUCCCAGAGAUAGGAGGAAAUUUAAUCAAAACGCAAGCGAUUUUACGAACAUUGGGGACUGGCCUACUUUAGGAACGCAAGUAGAGAGAAAAGCAACCGUAUCUGUACCGAAGCAAAAUGGUGCGCUCAAUGGUGAACCAAGUACUUCUAAGGCGUGUAGCACUAGCGAAAAUAAAGGCAAGGAGAACAAGGAACAGAACCACUGCCAAGAUGAUAGCGAUGAACACACAGAUAACAAUGAAAAGAAAAAGAAAGCAAAUAAGCAAAAAUGGGUUCCGCUUGAGAUUGACCUGGCACAAAAUCGUGGGACUACGCGAUCACCGAGAUUUCAAAAUCAUAGAGAAAGAAAUGGUGAAGCGAAUGACGGCGAACAUUGGCGUGAAAGGGAUUACGAUAGAUCAACGGGAUAUAAUUCACGAGGACGCGGUGGAAGAAGUUACAGGGGUAGAGGACGAGGCGGCCGCGGCCGCGGUGGUUAUAGACAUCGAUACGAUCACGAUUACGCAAAUUAUAUGACGGAUUGUGUACAGACCCAUAAAUAUGAGCAUACGGAUUCUGGUUAUAUGAUACCUUAUAUGGGAACAUGCUAUUUUAAUAACGCGAAUUAUCUAGAUUCUACUGUGUUGAAAGAAUUUAUACGGAAACAAAUAGAGUAUUACUUUUCUGAAGAAAAUCUUGUGAAGGACUUCUUCUUACGUCGUAAAAUGAAUGCUCAAGGAUUUUUGCCUCUCACUUUGAUCGCAUCUUUUCAACGUGUACAAAAUUUAACAAUGGACAUAGAUUUAGUGAUAGAUGCAGUUUUGGAGUCUGAUAGAUUAGAGCUGUUAGAAUUGGAGGAUGGAUUUAAGAUUAGGACAAGGCUCGAGCCGUUAAAAUGGCCUAUCUCGGACAUAACCAGUAAUGUUGCCUUUUCAAAUUUUCCACAACAGUCUAUCCUAACUCUAAAUGAAGUAAUUCCUACCUCUGAAACUUUUUGUCCUGUCGCGAAACCUUUGCCCACAAUGCCUGUCCCUCCAAUUCCUCGUGUUUUUGAAACUUAUCAUUCCGUUUUAACAGCAAGAAGACAUAGCGAAUCAGAAAUAAAUUCUUCAUCGUUAAAUGAGAUUCUAAAUCCUGACGUGCCAGAAUUUAUACCGAUACAAUUAACGGAUAAAACUAAUGGAUUUACUGCUAUAGACGAAAACAAUGUAACAAAGAGCAAAUCUCAAUCUGAAGAGAUAAAAGAAACAGUGGUGAUUGCAGACAUGUCUCUUGUUCCUCCAAAUAAUUCUCCUGUGGAAAUAAAAGAAGACAAUAAUUUACCAUUCACAGCAGAUUCUCUUACUUCGGACAGCUUAUCAGAAGAACGAGUGAACGGAGAAUCAGACUCAUCAAGUGACAAUACAUGGCAAAAGGUGAAAAGAAGGGUUAAACAAUCACACAAGGACAAAUCAGAAGAUAAAGAAAAAUGUGAAGUUACCAGAAACGCGGUACGAGAAGAACUUGAUUUUCAAUUUGACGAGGAACUUGACUCACCGCCACCAACUGGUCGACACAAUGCCUUUUCGGAAUGGUCCGAAGAUGAUGAAGAUAACGAAUUAUCGGAUAGGGAUAUUAAUAAAAUAUUAAUCUUUACUCAAAUCAGUCCUGCAUCAUCUAGAAUUCCAAAACAUGAAGGUCAUGAUAGAACAGGAGAUUGGAUUACAAGAGUAAAAAUGUCUCAAGAAUUGGAACAGCUUAUCAACGAUGGAUUAAAUUAUUACGAAGAAGAAUUACGAAGGCAAAAUUGUCAAAGAUAUGGUUCCUCUUCGUCAAUUGGAAGUUACAAAACGGUUAAUAUAGUUAGUCAAGAGGAUUUCGAAAAAAUGGCACCAAAAGCUCCAAGAAAAGCGAAUCCAGAAGUUCCGCCGCCGCCACCUUCUGCUCUAGAAGAUUUAGAAGUUACACAGUCCGCUCCAUCAUCACAGUUUCCAAGCACAAGUUCAGAGAAGAAAGAUCAUAAGCUGGAAAAGAAUCGUUGGAGUGACAAAUUAUGUGCAAGAGAAGGGCGAAAGAAUACUGCCCCUCGUUUUUUUGCUGUUGUGAAAGAUGGUCCAUCCGUUGAUCCGAGAACACCACGGAAAAGGAAGACCCGUCAUAGCAACAAUCCUCCAGUAGAGCAUCAUGUUGGUUGGAUUAUGGACGUUCGAGAGCAUCAUCCUCGAGCAUAUUCCACCGGGAGUAGCGCGGGCACAAGUCCUAAUGAAAGCUAUCUUGCUAACAGUUAUGGAAGUGUUCCUAGUAUCUGUGAACAUCCGAGUCACGCUUUGUUGAAGGAUAAUGGCUUUACUCAACAAGCAUAUCAUAAAUAUCAUUCACGCUGCCUGAAAGAACGCAAGCGAUUAGGUAUUGGACAAUCGCAAGAGAUGAACACUCUUUUCCGUUUCUGGUCAUUUUUCUUGCGAGAAAACUUCAAUCGUACUAUGUAUGAAGAAUUCAGAACUGUAGCCAAAGAAGAUGCCUGCGAAGGAUAUCGAUACGGAUUAGAGUGCCUUUUCAGAUUUUACAGUUAUGGCUUAGAAAAGAAGUUUAGACAUACAUUAUAUAAAGAUUUUGAAGUAGAAACGAUACAAGAUUACGAAAGCGGACAGUUGUAUGGUUUGGAAAAAUUUUGGGCAUUUUUGAAAUAUUAUAAGAAUUCUGAUCAACUUCAUGUAGACCAUACAUUGCAAGAGUACCUAUCAAAAUUCAAGAGUAUUGAAGAUUUCAGAGUAGUCGAACCUCAAAUACACGAGAUGCUUCAAGCUGCAAGAAUACGUAAUAGAAGCGUUUCUGAAAGCGCUAGAGAGGACUCACUGAGAAGCAGUGAUUGCCUGCUCUCGGAUGAAUACAAUACACUGCCAAAUGAUACAAAAUCUGAUAUCUACAUGCAAGAUUCGCAUUUAUCGCAGUUUCGUAUUAGGGCCGGCUCUUUCGGCUCUAAGAUGUAUCAUUAUCGACGACGGAAUGAUUCCGGAUCGUCAUCAAGCAGCCAGCGAGAUCUCAGUAAGCAACAAUCUCGAAAUAAACAAAAUUCUGGUUUCUCCACGAAGCCUUCCGAGGCGAGCAAAUCACAAGUCACUGCCAGAGAACGAACUCAAACUAGUUCCAAAUCCGAAACGAGCAAAUCCGUUACGAUUAAGGCAGAAAGCUCGACUAUCUCCCAAAAAUGAAAUCGUAGUCGACGACGAGAAAAGAGUCUUUGAAUAAUCUUGUAAAAGUGACAGAAACUAUUGGAUCGCCCUCGAAAUGCAAUGGCGAUAAUAUUUUCAAUAGUGCGUUAUUAAGAAGCAGUGUUGUAAUCGUAAACAAAGAAUGAAAGUUGCACUUUCAGUUCUAUUCGUGUGAUUUUGAAGAUUGUAGCUACGGAAUAUGCAAAUCCAUAUGCAAAAGGUAAAUUUUUGAUAGAUUUAGAGUCGUGAUUUAGUCCUUAAGGUUGUAUCUAUCGAUACUUCUUCCCCCCUUCGGCGUGGUGACGCGAAAAAUAUUUUCACUUGCUUCUCAUGUUGUUUGCAUGUAUGUUUAACUACAUUAUGAGACAGCUAAAGAUAUAAAGGAAAGAUAAUGAGAAUGUAUGUGUGUAUAUCAAACAAUCUAACACAAUGGAAAUGUAUAUAUCCUAGUUUUUGUAGUCACGCUUUUAUUUCAUGCAUAUAUAGUAAUGAUCAGAUGAACAAUGUCAUACUGUUUGAAAAUGCUGUAUAUAAAAUAGACUGCUUGCCCGAGCGAGCAUUGAUGUACAAAAAAA